AUGUAGGGCUCCUUGCCGGGCUGGGGGUGCUGGGAUCCCGGGCGUCGAUCAGGUCUGACCCCGCCGCCGGAGUCAUUGCCGUCUUCUAGACACCCCCCCCCCACCUGCCCUCGGCCAUCAUGGUUCUCCUUGGCCGCCGCGCUAGCAGCCGCCUGAGGGUGAAAAUGUGGGUGAUGGGGAAGUUGGUAAUGACUCCGCUGUUUUUUCUCAUGGCUCCUUUGGGCAACAGCUGCCCGCCCCCGGUAUACACUGUAGUUGAUUGCAGGGAAACCCUGGACCUCUCCCCUUCCUUCUCGGCCGAUUUUGCACUUUCCUCUUUGCUCACCACCACGUGUAAUCAAUAACAAGCACUGACGAUACAUAGCAAUAGUGAAAUCUGAAAUAACUAAGAAUUAAUUAGGUACUGCAGCCAUGGGUCUGGCUGGGUAAAAUCCAAUUGAAUAUUUCAGUUUCAUUCACCUACCCUGUUUUUGGUGUAUUUUUGGUUUUUUUGGGGAGGGGGGGGUUUGGUGGUUAUUUUUUCCUUUUGAUAUUUGGUCAACAAGGAUCACCCCUCCCCCGCCCUCUUCCUUUUCGUAAUCCAGUCUCCAAAAAGAGGGGGGGAAAUCCGGAUGGAUUUUGAGGAUUGGACUGGUGUCAGCUGUGUUUUAUUGCACACCUAAAUCCUGAUAAUAGGCUUUUCGUUUUCCCUCAGAGCCUUUAUUUUGGCAGUUAAACCAGAUGUGUUCUCCAAAAAGUUAGUUCAAGUAUUUUCUCCUCUUCCUUUCCUUCUCUUCCUCUUCCCCAUCCACCCCCAAACGUUAUUGUCCAAACAUGACUGGACAGCAGCUUUUGUUUCUUGACCCUGUAAUAUGACAGUCUGCUAAUAUUGCCAGAAGGUGGUUUUUGGGUUACAGUCGUGAUUUUAGCUAUUCAAUCAUAUUAGCAGGAAAAAAAAAAUGACUUGUUUCUGUUGUACUUGAGUCUUAAGAAAAAGUGCCCAUAGUUUAGUGACAAUUUCCAAAGGCUUUAGUACCACCUGUAUUUCAAAAUGGGGGACCCAAACUCCCGGAAGAAGCAAGCUCUGAACAGACUACGUGCUCAGCUUAGAAAGAAAAAAGAAUCUCUAGCUGACCAGUUUGACUUCAAGAUGUAUAUUGCCUUUGUAUUCAAGGAGAAGAAGAAAAAAUCAGCACUUUUUGAAGUGUCUGAGGUUAUACCAGUCAUGACAAAUAAUUAUGAAGAAAAUAUCCUGAAAGGUGUGCGAGAUUCCAGCUAUUCCUUGGAAAGUUCCAUAGAGCUUUUACAGAAGGAUGUGGUACAGCUCCAUGCUCCUCGAUACCAGUCUAUGAGAAGGGAUGUGAUUGGCUGUACUCAGGAGAUGGAUUUCAUUCUUUGGCCUCGGAAUGAUAUUGAAAAAAUUGUCUGUCUCCUGUUUUCUAGGUGGAAGGAAUCUGAUGAGCCUUUUAGGCCUGUUCAGGCCAAAUUUGAGUUUCAUCACGGUGACUAUGAAAAACAGUUUCUGCAUGUACUGAGCCGCAAGGAUAAGACUGGAAUUGUUGUCAACAAUCCCAACCAGUCAGUGUUUCUCUUUAUUGACAGACAGCACUUGCAGACUCCAAAAAACAAAGCUACAAUCUUCAAGUUAUGCAGCAUCUGCCUCUACCUGCCACAGGAACAGCUUACCCACUGGGCAGUUGGCACCAUAGAGGAUCACCUCCAUCCUUAUAUGCCAGAAUAGAGUACUGACCAGCAAAAUGGAGAAGAUCAGAGUGCAGCAGCAAUGUUUUUAUUGUUUUCUUACCACUUUAUUCUUUCAGAGUUUAAAGAAAAUGGACUCAUGCACAGAACUCUCUGCAUUUUGAAACUUGUCCAUCCUGGAUUUUUUUUUUUUUUUUUUUAAAUCAUUUGUAUCUCAGAACUUAAAAAAAAAAAUCUGAUGUCUUCUGCACGGACUGUGUGAAAGAAGAUGCUUUGCAUAUUUGCUGCACUGCAUCAGCAUCUUAACUAAAAAUGUGAAAUGAAAGGACUGUUGUACACUGAAAUGCUUAAAUGUAUCUUAAAGCACAAGGUGACACUCGUUUUUGAUGGUCUUUCCAUUUGUGCUGGUUUUUCCUCUGACAUCUGUCAUCAGUAUUUGGAGGGUAAGAAGUAAAUGUAACAGGCAUAAAUAACAUUUUAAAAACUUAAUAGCUUUGCUAUAUCACCGUUGAUCCAGAACACUGUCACAUUCUAAUGACCAGAAGUGGUUGUUAAAAAAGAAUGAAAAUACAACCAUGGGAAAGAAAUCUUAGAUAAAAAGCAUCUCAUUGUAGGCAUACUUGCCUCAUUUUACUGGGCCAUGUUUGUUUCCUGGUACUCAUAUGUAUUUUAUUUCUAGAUCUCUUUCCCCAAGUUGCUGUUAUAAAAGUAUUCUGCUGAGUGGAUACAGUUAACCACAUUAAGGCAGAUCUGGAGUCUGAAGUAGCUUAAAGCAGCUAUAAAACUGAGAAAUACAUUCAUAGCUGCAGAAACCGUAAUAGGUAGAGGACUUUCCUUUUUUGUUUUUUGUUUUGUUUUGUUUUUUGGUUUUAAGGAGAAGAGAUUUUUAUUACAAAGAAAAAUUCCAGUGAAUUGUGCAGAAAUACUGGUUUCUACACCAUCCUAAAGAACAACAACUUAGGGUUUUUUGGAGUAGAAAAAAGUUAUUAAAGGUUGGAAUCUUAAAUUGUGAAAACCACCGUUGAGUGUCAAAGGUCUAAAAGCAGAACUCAUUUGUGCAAUGAACAUAAGGAAAGACUACUGUAUAGUUUUUGUUGUUUUUGUUUUUUUUUUUCUUUUAAAUGAAGAAAAGCUUUGCUUAAGGGUUGCAUACUUUUAUUCGAGUAAAUCUGAAUGAUCCUACUCCUUUGGAGUAAAACUUAGUGCUUACCAGUUUCCAAUUGUAUUUAGCUUCUGGUUGGAAUAUGAAAACCUAAAUAAAAUAGGUGAAAGCUCCCUGACUAUUCAGGUGAAUACACAA